UCUCUGGCUUGGUCCCGUUUGAUUCCCUCCUCAAAGUCGCUAAACAUUUGGAAUGUCCUGCAGGCACGACUCACGAGCGAGUGGAGACGCUUUCAGCAGAGUCCAUCCGUCCACCCCGGAACUUGGUUUCUGUCAACACAGAACCGCUGUCCAGGAAUAGUGCAUAUAUAGAGGAACCUGGAUUGUCAUCAUUCUGUUCGGACGAGCAUUGAAGACCUGAUAGACCAGGGAGCAAUCAAGGAAAAUAAAGCACUUAGAAGAAAUUGGGGUGCCAUUGUCGAUCGGUCGCGGGAGGGUUUUCAUCCACACCUUUGGCUGCGAUUCGUCAGUGCAACGUGACAUAGAUGAUGAAGAUCGAACCACUGUACUGCACCAAGCAAUCUGUGCAGCACUAGCAGAAGAGGGGUGUCCUGUAGCAGCAAUACGAGGAAAAAAAGCAACAGAGAAAGACAGAGAAGAAGUGAAAUAGAAGUCACGGGUUUGCUUCAGGGAACCUGUAAGUCUCUGUUUCUUUAUCUAUAGUACCUUCGUAUGGAGGGUGCUGGGCCUUGUAUAGGAACACCCCUGGUUUGUCCGUUGGCCCAGUCUCCAGUGUCGCCGGUUUCAUGAGACAUCCAGGGAGGUAAGCAUGUACUAAUGACAAAAUAAAUUUGGAGAACAUUUUUGUUAAAGAUUGGAAAAGAGUUUGUGAACAGGUGACCGUGAAAGGGCCCUGUUUCCUUGUUACAACUGUUUGUAUAAGGUGCAUGGCCACUAUCCAAUACCGGACACUAAUUUCUGACCAUAUCUCUGAACUUUCUGCUGCCAUUUUGUAGUUUCAAGAGAUUGUUAAUGUAACUCCAACUUGUCAUAAAUGGGAAGGGCAGCAGUCCAAGGGUAUAGUUGAUUGAAGCUCAGGAAGGGUUAAUGUGUUUGAUUUGACAGCAAGGGCAGAUCCUUGUUCCAGAAUUACUCUAUAGUUACAAAAGGGUUCCCUUGAAUGGCUUUGUUUCUCACUCAAGCACUACAUAGUUUCAAGUGAGGUUGAGAUUUCAGAACGUAAACUUCAUAAGUGGUUAGCUGUUAAUGAUUAGCAUUCAUCAUGCUUCCUGUGCCUUUGAAAAGGAUCGCCAAAUGCAAGGGAAACCAUCUACAACCAUCCUCUCUUCUCAAACCAUCAUUGUCAUCCCCAUCAGAAGACCACUCACUUGCUCAACUCUCCCAGUUACUGAAACUCCACCUGAAGCCAACCUUUUCACCUAAGGACCUCCUCAGUUUUUUGAAAAAAAAGCUCUACCACCAUCCCACCCUCAACUGCUUUGAUCUUCAUGUCUUCCACUGGGCAUCUGGGCAUGAGUGGUUCACUCAUGACCACUCCACCUAUGAAUGGACGGUCAAGAACUUAGCCCGCACAGAUCGCUUCAUGGAAAUCCCUCAAAUCCUUGACUGCAUGCUUGCACACCCUUGCCCCUGCUCCCAAGGUAUCUUCUCUUGUCCUCAUGUUGAAACCAUUUUCACAUUUGCUAUAAAUACCUUUUGCAAGUUGCAUAGGCUAGAUGAAGCCAUGGUUCUCUUCAGUAACAUGAGGAAGGCGAUUGAUGGAAGGCCAUCUGUGGUUGUCUAUAACAUGUUACUUAGUUGUAUGGCAAAAUGCAGGAGGCAUGAAAGUGCCAUCGAAUUCUAUGCUUCAAUGCUACGAGAUAAGGUGAAGCCUGACAUCUUCACCUUCAACAUUCUAGUAAGCAGCUACUGCAGGAACUCACAGUUUGAUUCAGCAAUUAAGCUGUUCAAGGAGAUGAGGACCAAAGGAUGUGUCCCCAAUGUGGUUACUUUUAAUACCUUGAUACAAGGACUAUUUCGAGACCGGAAAAUGAAAGAAGGAAUAGGGAUUGCUUAUGAAAUGGUUGAGCUGGGUUGUGGUUUCACUGUUGUUUCUCUUGAGAUAUUGUUAGGUGGGCUCUGUAGAGAAGGAAUGGUAAUGGAUGCUUGUGAAAUUUUGCAUGAGUUCUCGUCAAAGAAGGGAGUUCUUCCUCAGGGGUAUGAUUGUCUCUGUAUUGUCAAUGCCCUUUGUCUUCAAAAGAAUGUGGAAAAGGGGAUGGCAAUUGUGGGUGACUUGUGGAGCAAAGGUCAUGCACCAAGUGCUGUUGUCUGCAUCACCCUCUUAGAAGAGCUAAGGAAGUUGGGCAAGUUAGAUGUAGCUUGCACCCUGAUGGAAAGGAUGUUCAAUGAGGGGAUUCUUCCAGACAUUAUAACCUUUAAUUGUUUGCUGCAAUGCUUAUGUGAUGUUGGUAGGGCCAGCAAUGCUAACAGAUUGAAGAUAUUGGGAUCCAGGAAAGGCAUGAAGGUAGAUGCUAGCACACUUCAUAUAUUGGUUCGUGGAUUUUCUCAUGAAGGUAGAGGUAGGGAAGGAUUACUUGUACUUGACGAAAUGCUGGACAAAGGGUUUAUAUCAGAUCUUGCUGUGUAUAACAGGCUGCAAGAUGGAAUUAAUAAGGGAACAGGAAGGCAAAUUUAAACGCCCUCUGGUGGAGGCAUCCAGCAAUAUAUGAUAACUUGAGACCAGUUCGAGCAAUGUACAGAGAUGCAAUCCAGAUAUGGGACACAGGCAUGUUGGAGGAUGAAUUGAAAGAACAUCCAGUAUAAGUGUAUAACCAAAAAUGUCCAAGUUCUCGUACAGUCGUACCAGAUCCCAACUGUUUUCCUGGUGUAAGUUUCUUUAGCCACAUUUUUGAACUUUCUCCAGGCAUCUUUAUAAGAUGUGUAUGCUAAUUGCCAGCUAUAGUCUCCAUGUUAUUCAUGAAGGAACUUGGUCUCACCAGCUUUGGCCAUCAUUGGUAUCCGCACAUCCUCAACAACGAUGGUUAACUUGCUAUCUAGAAAAAGACAUUGCAAAUGGGCACUCUUCUUUUGUGCCCACGACAGAUGCACACUCAAAUUUUGAAGGCCUACAAAGAGGUCCUCAAGUCUUAAUGAAUACUCACGAACGACCCCCUUGACUUACGGAGAUGGACAGAGACUAUUCUUUUUAAUUUAAUGACAAGCUUAUCCCACCCUGCAUCCUCCUAGCAGCUGCCUGUAAAACCUCACUUGAUGAGGGUCACCCUCUCCCGUGGAUCUCUCUCCCUUCCUGACCAGAGAGAGGUCAGAUGGGAGAGGACAGCAGUCAUCUAGGAUUUUUUUGUCCAACUUGGUUGCUAGUGUUUGAAAUGUUACAAUAUGAACAGGAAAGAUUGCUUGAAGCUGCAUAUAAAAGCUCACAGAGGAAGUCACAAGUUCCUAGGCUGCUAAUGUUUUUGAGUGAGAUGUUUCAAACUGUUUCCAGCACAUGCUUCCUAAGCAAACAAUGAGAACGAUGUUCUGAUUAGGCUGGAUGCUUCUCCUUCAGUGUCCCAGUGAGGGACCGUCCACAACUUCAUAUGGUUCUGCCUUAGAUGCUACAAGAAUGUUUUGGCCUGUAAUAUUGCCCAUAAAAGCCAGUUUAAGGCUGCUGCAAAGAUGAAGACUGUAAAAGGGGAGAGUGAUUCUGGUGGAAAUUUUAGCUUACAGUGUGCAAGAGGGAUUCCCGAACAAGAGCGAUGUUUGUGUUUCUACAAGUUUGACAAAAAUAAUUAUGGGUGCAGACCGUGAAAGUCAGUCACCACUGGGCAGCAUUGGGCGUUUUUCCCUCAAAAGUUGUCACAGUCAUCAGGACAAUAUAUAGUUGAUCGACUGUUAAAUGAGCUGAAAUCUCUAUCAAGGGUUCAGCGGCAGGCAACUUGUUUUUAUUCAUCAAUACACUUCGUUUUUUAUGGUGGGAUAUGAAUCAUCUUUAUUCAGGUGACUUUAUUUUUUUUUUUGGGACUAGGUGUCCUCAAAUGAUUUGUACUGCCUUGUUUAAAGAGUUAAAAAUCCGAGGUCCACCUAAAAUGCGUGCUUUCGUUGUUAACCUUGUCCAUCCUCUUCAGUAACUAUUACUAGAUUUGCUGUCAUGUCCUGAUCCAACAUUUCCUACAAAAGAUUCGUUCAUCUUUGUUCUGAACUGGCAAUAACAAAGAUUCCUCUUCUUCUUGUCUUUUUCUAUAAGCUACAUAUGUGUGGACCAAUUAA